CCGCGCGCAGGUCGGCGGGGAGGGGCGGCCUGCCGAAGGGCCCACCCCGGGGCGUUCCUGAAGGGCGCCCUCGGCCGCCCCCACCGCCCCCCAGAUGUACUAUGCGCUUUCCCAGGCGCGCGUGAACGCGGCCCCCGCGACCAUGCUGCGGCCACAGCGGCCCGGAGACGUGCAGCUCGGGGCCUCCCUGUACGAGCUGGUGGGCUACCGGCAGCCGCCCUCCUCCUCCUCCUCCUCCUCCUCCUCCUCCUCCUCCACGGCGGCCCCCCUCCUCCCCAAGGCGGCGCGCGAGAAGCCGGAGGCGCCCGCCGAGCCGCUGGGCGCGGGAACGGGGCCCGGCGCGCACGCGGGCGGCGGCUCCCGGGCGGACGCCAAAGAGGAGCAGCAACAGCAGCUGCGGCGCAAGAUCAACAGCCGCGAGCGGAAGCGCAUGCAGGACCUGAACCUGGCCAUGGACGCGCUGCGCGAGGUCAUCCUGCCCUACUCGGCGGCGCACUGCCAGGGCGCGCCCGGCCGCAAGCUCUCCAAGAUCGCCACGCUGCUGCUCGCCCGCAACUACAUCCUGCUGCUGGGCAGCUCGCUGCAGGAGCUGCGCCGCGCUCUGGGCGAGGGCGCCGGGCCCGCCGCGCCGCGCCUGCUGCUGGCCGGCCUGCCCCUGCUGGCCGCCGCGCCCGGCUCCGUGCUGCUGGCGCCUGGCGCCGUGGGGCCUCCCGACGCGCUGCGCCCAGCCAAGUACCUGUCGCUGGCGCUCGACGAGCCGCCGUGCGGCCAGUUCGCGCUCCCCGGCGGCGGCGCGGGCGGCGGCGCGGGCGGCCCAGGCCUCUGCACCUGCGCGGUCUGCAAGUUCCCGCACCUCGUCCCCGCCGGCCUGGGCCUGGCCGCAGUGCAGGCGCAGUUUUCCAAGUGAGGGCCCGCGCGGGCCGGGGGCGCGACCUAGGCCCGGCCUCCCGCCGCCUCGCUUCUCCGCGCCCCUGCGCCCUGCAGUCGGGGAUGGCUAGCCAAGCACGGAGGGCACUUCCAACCUUCUGGCCCAGAGGAAGGGACCGUGGGGCGCCCUCUUCCCCGCCCCCACCCCGGGGAAAUUAAAGUGACGCGAGCGGAUGUUCGACGG